UUCAUUGCAUCACAUUAAUGUGACUGCUCCUAGCCAAAAGGGGGACAAGAGUAGACUUUGUCCACGGCUACGACUCUCCGCAAGGACGCAGCCAACAUCGCCCCUCCCGACCCGUGCACCCAGAGCUCAACGAGCCACAUAAAAGUGUAUUUUUGCAGCCAAGUGAACCCCCAGGGAAUGAACGACGGGAGCUCGUAUCGAGGCGUGAAUGCAUCUCACUGUCGUUAGCUUAGCCUAGCUUAGCCGAUCUGUCUUAGCUGCCCUCCACAAAGCGGUAUUCACCUUCGCGCUCGGCGUCCUUUGUUGCGGCCAUCACCCAGCUAGAGGACCCGGAAGCAUCCACAGAGGGACACUUUUCGCCGAAUCAGCCUAUGAAAAGACAACAAAUCCACCAAAAAGGGAAGUUGGAAGUGUCGCUAUCCUUGUAAGCUAGCGCCCGCUCGCCGUGAUUGAGUGCCCCUGAAGGAGCCGAGCAGGUCAAGCCUGUUUGCCCACAUCUCUUCGGCAUCUGGAGGACGUAGAGAAGCUCUUGAGUUUCUCCGGAGAUGAUUCCCGACAAGGCGCCAAAGGAAGAUGUGUUUUACGGGGCUGAGGAGAUACGGAGGGGCGCUCACGUCCCCACCUUUGACAAGUAUAAAGACAUGUACAUGCAGUCCAUAGAGGACCCUGACAAGUUCUGGGGGGACAUGGCCAAGGACUUCUUCUGGAAGACCAAACACUCGGGACGCUUCCUGGACUACAACUUUGACGUGACCAAAGGGGAAAUCUUCAUCAAGUGCAUGGAGGGAGCGUCCACCAACAUCUGCUACAACGUCCUUGACCGCAACGUCCACGAGAGGAAGCUGGGGGACAAAGUGGCCUUCCACUGGGAAGGCAACGAGCCAGGGGACGAGUCAACGGUGACGUACAGAGAGCUGCUGCACGGCGUCUGCCGCUUUGCCAAUGUGCUGAAAUCACAGGGUGUGAGGAAAGGCGACCGUGUGGCCAUCUACAUGCCCAUGGUGGUGGAGCUGGUGGUGGCCAUGUUGGCCUGCGCUCGCAUCGGAGCCGUUCACUCCAUUGUGUUUGCAGGUUUCUCCGCCGAGUCGCUGUGUGAGAGGAUCGUGGACUCUAAAUGUUCACUGCUCAUCACUGCAGAUGGCUUUUACCGAGGAGAUAAGCUGAUCAACCUCAAGCUCUUGGCUGAUGAAGCAAUGCAGAAGUGCAGGGACAAAGGCUUCCCACUGGAGAGGUGCAUCGUGUUGAAACAUUUAUCCAAAGAAGCACAAGAGACUUCGCUCGGCUCUCCUCCCGCCAAAAGAUCCUGUCCUGACCUGCAGGAAAAAGAAACGGGCAGAGUAAAGAAAACCCGUCCUGUUCCGCAGGUCCCGUGGAACCCGGAAGUGGACAAGUGUUGGCACACUCUGAUCGGUGACGCGUCGGACGAGUGUGAACCCGAGUGGUGCGAGUCCGAAGAUCCUCUUUUCAUCCUCUACACCAGCGGCUCAACAGGCAAACCCAAGGGUGUCCUGCACACAGUCAGCGGCUACAUGCUCUACACCGCCGCCACCUUCAAGCUGGUCUUCGACCACCGGCCGGACGACGUCUACUGGUGCACGGCCGACAUCGGCUGGAUCACCGGACACUCGUACAUCACAUAUGGCCCGCUGGCGAACGGCGCCACCAGCGUCUUGUUUGAAGGUCUUCCCACGUACCCGGACGUGAGCCGCAUGUGGGAGAUUGUGGACAAAUACCACGUGAGCAAGUUCUACACGGCGCCCACCGCCAUCAGGCUGCUGAUGAAGUACGGCGACGAGCCGGUGCAGAAGUACAAACGAGACUCUCUGAAGGUUUUGGGUACGGUUGGCGAGCCCAUCAACCCGGAGGCCUGGCAGUGGUACUUCACGGUGGUGGGAGACAGGAGAUGUCCCGUUGUUGACACCUUCUGGCAGACGGAGACUGGUGGACACGUCCUGACUCCUCUUCCUGGGGCCACGCCCAUGAAGCCAGGCUCCGCUACGUUUCCGUUCUUUGGGGUCGUUCCGGCCAUCUUGAACGAGUCGGGCGAGGAGCUGGAGGGUCCGAGUGAAGGUUACCUGGUGUUCAAGCAGCCGUGGCCCGGCGUGAUGAGGACGGUGUACGGAAACCACGCCAGGUUCCAGAGCACCUACUUCAAGAAGUUCCCGGGAUACUACGUGACCGGAGAUGGCUGCCGCAGAGACAAGGAUGGAUACUACUGGAUCACCGGGAGGAUAGACGACAUGCUCAACGUCUCAGGUCACCUGCUGAGCACAGCGGAGGUGGAGUCGGCGCUGGUGGAGCACGAGGCGGUGGCCGAGGCCGCCGUGGUGGGCCGCCCGCAUCCCGUCAAAGGGGAAAGUCUGUAUUGCUUCGUCACGCUCAGCGACGGCGUGGUGUUCAACCGCGUGCUGGAGGCCCAGCUUAAAAAACAAGUGAGAGAGAAGAUCGGCGCCAUCGCCACGCCAGACUACAUCCAGGACGCGCCGGGACUCCCCAAAACCAGAUCAGGGAAGAUCAUGCGGCGCGUGCUACGCAAGAUCGCCAGCGGAGAGAAGGAUCUGGGCGACGUCUCCACUUUGGCCGACUCGUCUGUGGUGGAGCAGCUUUUCCAUCACAGGUGCUGUGAGGCCGUGUGACCUGGCGAGAGACCAGGACACGCACGGAGGAGCGGGCAGGAAGCCACCCCCAUCAGGACUCAUGACAUCAUCUGCGAACUAAGCUAACAAUGUGCAGAGGAAUUAUUAAGAUAAUACAAUAAAACAUAUUGAAAAAAACAGUCACGCUAACACAAGUUGGUAAAAAGUGAUGUUGGCAAGCUAUUUCUAUUUUACGUCCUGUUAAGUGCGUCUUGACUUCACACACGCACGCUUGUCCUCCUUUUAUUUGUCUCGUCAGCGUCGCAUUCUUUUGUAUGUUUUGGGAAUAUAAUUUUUUAAACUUUUAUUUUCUGUCUGAUCUUUUUAAGCUUGUGUGAUUACUAGUGUUUGUUUUUUCAAACUGGAAAGACCCGAAUUCUGUGGGGUGUUUUUAAAAUAAAAAGAUCAAUA